AUGGAUACCUUCGAGUACAAUCCCAACCCCGGCCGUGUCAUCUUCGGCAGCGGCACGCUGCAAAAACUCCCCGAUGAGAUCUCCCGCCUGCAGGUGAAGGCCCCGCUGGUGCUCUCGACACCCCAGCAGGUCAGCCAAGCAGAGACAGUUAAGGAGGUGCUCAAGGGUCAGAUCGCCGGUAUUUUCAGCGAGGCGACUAUGCAUACUCCCACGAAUGUCACAGAUAAGGCUCUUGAGUAUGCGAAGGCCCAAGGAGCCGACUCGGUCAUUUCUAUUGGAGGCGGAAGCACUAUCGGUCUCGGCAAGGCGAUCAGCAUCCGCACUGGACUGCCGCAUAUCUGUAUUCCGACUACAUAUGCUGGUAGCGAAAUGACCCCGAUCCUCGGUGAGACUGCAGAUGGAAUGAAGAAGACUCGCUCGGACCCCAAAAUCUUGCCUGGCACGGUUAUUUACGAUGUGGACCUCACAAUGACCUUGCCGGCAGCUAUGAGUGCCACUAGCGGUGUCAACGCCAUUGCGCAUGCUGUCGAGGCUCUCUACGCGCGAAACACUAACCCGAUCAUCAACAUGAUGGCGCUCGAGGGCAUACGGGCACUUGCAUCCUCCCUCCCCGAGAUUGUUGAGAAACCAUCUUCUCAAUCUGCACGGUCCAAGGCCUUGUAUGGUGCCUGGCUCUGUGGAACAUGCCUGGGCAGCGUGGGCAUGUCCAUCCACCACAAGCUGUGCCACACACUUGGCGGCAGCUUCAAUCUUCCUCACGCUGAAACCCAUACCGCUGUCCUCCCGCAUGCCAUCUCAUACAAUGCACCUAACAUCCCUGAGACUAUGAAACAGUUGGCUGAUGCCCUGCCGGAUAGCAAUGGUGACGCGAUCCACGGUUUGAACGUUCUCUUGGCUAAGCUUAAGGUCAAGCGUGGCGUGAAGGAUUUCGGUAUGAAGGAAGAAGAUAUCGAUAAAGCAGCUGAUCUUGCGCUAUCUAAUGCUUACUGGAAUCCUCGCCCGAUUGAACGCGCACCGAUCCGCGAAUUGCUUCGCAGGGUUUGGGCGGGAGAACUAGCACAGGCGAAUUUGUAG